GAACCAAAACCAAACAAAAAAACCCGAGUUCACACCCUUUUAUUACCCCUUACUACCCACGCCAUUAACCACACACAAUAACCCUCUCAAAAAAAAAAAAAUUGGCGGCAACACACACACACGCCAUUACUUCUAGGUUAAAUCCACACUCUCCGCCGUGCUCCGCCACGCUCCGCCACAAUGUUCGGAGCUCCGGCAUCCUCCUCCCCAUUCGGCACUCCGUCCUCCACCCCGGCGUUCGGCACACCGUCCUCCACUCCUGCAUUUGGCACACCGUCAUCAACGCCGGCGUUCGGCACACCGUCCUCAACGCCGGCGUUCGGAACGCCGUCAACGUCGUCGUUCGCCACCGGCUUCGGUACCUCACUGUUUUCCUCUCCGUUCUCACAACAACAACAGCCGCAAACGACGCCGUUUCAGCAGCAGAGUUCUAGUCCGUUUGGAUUUUCGACUCCGUUUACGGCAACGACUCAGGCGAAUAAUAAUCUGUUUGGACAGACGACGCCUGCUGCGACGCCGUUUAAUGCUCAGUUGACUACUCAGAUGGCUCCUGUUGCUCCGCUUCCGUUCUCUCUUGCCGAUCGAGAUAUUCAGGCGAUACUUGAUGCUUACAAGGAUGAAGUUACGAACCCUAAGUAUGCUUUUAAGCACUUGCUGUUUAGUGUGACUGAGCCACAAUUUAGGGCAAAGCCUGCUGGUGUAUCGGAUAUAAUGUGGGCAGAGGCAAUGGGUAAGCUAGAAGGUAUGGAGGCUUCCAACCGUGAACGUCUUUGGCCUCAACUUGUUAAGGGCUUCAAAGAUCUUUCUGAACGUCUUAAGCUUCAAGAUGAAGUCAUAGUUUCAGAUGCUGAGAGAUUGCAAAUGACUCAAACUAAUGUGAAAGUGCUUCAAAGACAUUUUCAAGCUGAUACUUUUCCUAGGAUAGAGAGAUUGAGACAAUCAGAAAAGGCUUUGCAAAGGCGCCUCUUAAGGUUGAUGAGAAUACUGGAAGCAUUAGAGGCCAAAGGUUUUCGGUUGCCUUUGACUAAAGGAGAAGUUGAACUUGCUGAGAAGUUGAUUACAAUAAUCAGACAGUUAAAAGGAUCUGGAGCUGAACUGUCUAGAAGGGUUCAGAAUCUGCUGACUGUAGCUCGGGUUCAAACAAAUGUGAAUGGUGGUGCUUCUGUGUAUAUACCGGGAUCAACUAAAAUAGAUGAACAGAGUCUUGCUGAUAUGCACGAGGUUCUACAAAAGCAAACGGAAGCUGUUGCUAGGCUGGGAAACGUGUUGAAACGCGACAUAAGAGAUAUGGAGAUUAUAAUGGCCGAGGACACUCAAAUGGCAGACGUGUAGAGUCGUAAUGUUGUAUUUUGAUUUUUUUUUUUCAGAAGUGAAAGUGAGGUUUAUUGUAGUAGUUUUAUUUUGUUGGUGAAAUAAACCUUUUUGAUUUUCGUGUUAUUCAAACAAACAUGUUGGUAACAUUUAAAACUCUAGUUUCAAAGACUAUACAUCACAUGAGACUUGUGCUCGA